AUGGAGGGGUUCGAGGCCGGCAAACGCCAACAGCUACCGGCAAGUCCCGUGGAACUGCAUAGUGAAAACGGGGUCCCCGAUCUGAGCAACCUAGGUUCUUCUGACAGAAUCGAUUACUGGCCUCCACCUUCCGCAGACGAUGUCACCAAGCAGCUGAACCAAGAGGCAUUCACCAUAUCCGCGGGUGGAGAUAGCGGUGUGGUCAAUUAUGACGCUGCCCAGCUGCCCUCCAACAGUCCUUGUGAGGAUGCAUAUCUGCAUGGAAAACUCACCAGUCCCGUGAGUGGGGAGGGAAAGAAGGACUGGAUGGCUUGGGCCGUGUUCGACGGACACUGCGGGUGGCAACUGUCAAAGCUUCUGACCAAACAACUGCUUCCCUUCGUACAACAGUCCUUACGGGAUCUCAAGCCUGCAGACGAUGGUGCAGUAUCUGAAGCGGCCGUACAGCAAGCCAUCGUGUCCGCUUUCGAGAAGCUGGACGAUGCAUUGGUGAAGAGCGCCUCCGCAAUCAUCGAAAGCGACCUACCCUUCGCUGAAAAGAUCAGAAGACUCGAGCCCGUCUACGCCGGCUCUUGUGCCCUGCUCACUCUAUACGAUCCCUCAACCAGCUCAUUACACAUAGCUUCCACGGGUGAUUGCCGGGCGGUCCUUGGAAGGAAGACCGCAGACGGCACAUGGGAGGCAGUUCCACUGACGGUCGACCAAACCGGUGCGAAUGUCGACGAGGUGGCCAGAAUCCAGAAGCAAUUCCCUGACGAGCCGGAUGUUGUUGACGGUGGCCGCAUAUGGGGCAUGCAACCAGCGCGGACUUUUGGAGAUGGCGGGUGGAAGUGGGAUAAGGUGCUCCGGGCGACGCUCCGCAACGAGUACAAUGCUUGCAAGCUUCCCUCUGGAUCGCGCUACAAGAAUUACAAGACUGGCCCUUACCUGACUGCUUCGCCCGUCGUAACGACCGUCAAGAUCCCACGUGGUGAAAUACCCAGCUUCCUUAUCCUAGCCACAGAUGGCCUUUGGGACACGAUGAGUAGCGAGGAUGCUGUGGAUCUCGUGGGACGCUGGUCAGACAUGCAUAAUGACCCCAAGCAAGCAACGCCUAUGACAUCCCCAAAUCCGUCAGCGUUCGGCCCAGUAACCUUCGGCAGAGAUGCAUGCUACUAUGACAAGGGCAGAGCCACUUUUCAGGACCAUAAUGCCGCUGUCCAUCUCAUGCGGAACGGUCUCGGAGGCGCACACGAGGAGAUGGUCAAAGGUGCACUUGCAUUCCGGUCUCCCAUGUCGAGAGAUAUCAGGGACGACAUUACUGUCCAGGUUGUGUUCUUCGAGGGCAAGGAACAAAACCGAGCAGACAAGAGUUCUGACUGA